UUUCGAGAUUAUGUAAACAUUUUUGAACUCAUUCGAGCUAUGUGCCGGAUUUCCUCAUGGAAGAAGCGCCUGAAAUAAAAUGACCAACGACUCCGCGCCUCUUAAUUCAAACUAGAGAGACAUGGACGUGGAUAGGAAAGUAAUGUACGCCUUUCGAGGAUGGAUAGCGUUCGUAGCCUUUAUGGAUCUCGGAACAGCCGUAAGGAGUUUCAUAGAAAAGCGAUCGUUCCUUAGCAAAACUAUAUCGGAACUAGACGAAUACGUAGACGGAGAAUAUACGGCCUCCAGGAUUUUAGGAGUUUACUCGAUACUUAAAGCUUUGGUUUUAAUACACUGCACUUUAUAUAUUCAUUACAAACCGGUUGUUAGCAUGGGAAUAUGCUCGCUCAUUUCGAAUGUACUUUUGUAUAUAUCCGAAACGGUUUAUUUUAGAGCAGCUACUUUAAAUUUCUACGUAGUUUUCCCCUGCAUUUUAAACACUGUGACUUUGGGCUGUUUAAUAUAUUUGCCUAAUAAUUUGAAAAUAUGGCAAUACCAGGAUCUAGGAGAAGAAGAUGAGGAUCAAAUGAAAUUAGGAGGAUUCAGAAGGAAGAGAACUAAUCGCAAAGGCAAUCAUAAAAUGAGUUAGGUUGUUUCAAAUAAAAAAUACAUAUCUAAUUACUUAGUUUAACAUACUAUUGCUUGGAUUUAGGUAGAAAUAUUACUUAUCAAGUUACAACUUUUAAUUGUGGUUGUAUUAGUAAUAUAAUUUGAAGUAAACUUCCACUAGUUAUAUUCUUUAUAUGCGCUCCUCGUAGGUUUUCAAUUUUACGAUUCGUUCGCUUUCCUCCCACAAUUUCUUCGCUACAUCAGGAUCUCUGGCGCUUUUGUAUCUCUUAAUAUUUCUACAAUCUUGGAAAUGUUCUCCACUGUAUUUCUCUAGUCCGUUUUCGAUGGCGCAAUAAAUCUGCGUUU